ACCACAAUCUGUUUAUGUUCAGACUUGAGAAAGCAGACCGGAGCGUCGCUUCAGCUGUAUUAAUCUUUUGUGGUGAUCAGUUAGAAUUUCGGGGUGGUGAAAACCGACUGUUUCAUAGAUACGCAACAUUUUGCACGUGUGUAUUUUAUCCUGACAUUUGGAAGAACUCUUCAUACCUUUGCCUUUGUUAGUUAGCAACUUAGCGGGGUUAGCUAGCUUUAGUCUUGUGUUUGAACCGUUUUAUUGUUUUCCUCAGCCGAGCUAACAGAGCUAUCGGCUAAGAAAAUUAAGAAUUAAAAACACCAGCUAGCUAACGGCUCCAACGGACGCUGGCUGCAGAACCAUCUCGAACAAACGGUGGAUAAGCAUAAAAAAUACGAUAUCAACGUCUUUGGUUCGUGCAGUAGCAGCAGCGACGAUGAUGCUGAUGCUGGCAGCGAUGAAGCUGAGACACAGCUGAGACCGACUGUGUGGUUGUGUAGCGUUCGUAGCUGGAGAGGCAGAACACCCGCACGCACACAAGCGCACACACGCCGUGCCCAUGUUUUCCCCCGAGCAGGAGAACAUCUCCACCUCCUCCACCAAAGUGCCAAUUAAAUACGGAGAGCUCAUUGUACUUGGGUACAAUGGCUCUCUCCCAAAUGGAGACCGUGGCAGACGGAAGAGCCGUUUCGCUCUCUUUAAGCGGCCCAAAGCAAAUGGAGUCAAACCCAGCACUAUCCAUGUAGCCUGCACACCACAAGCAGCCAAGGCCAUAAGCAACAAGGACCAGCACAGUAUCUCCUACACCUUGUCUCGAGCUCAUACGGUGGUGGUAGAGUACACUCACGACAGCAAUACAGAUAUGUUCCAGAUUGGUCGUUCCACUGAAAGCCCUAUAGACUUUGUGGUGACGGACACUAUCCCGGGCAGCCAAAGUAACUCGGACACGCAGUCGGUCCAGAGCACCAUCUCUCGUUUCGCCUGUCGGAUCAUGUGCCAGCGGACGCCGCCCUACACUGCCCGCAUCUUUGCCGCUGGAUUUGACUCCUCCAAAAACAUCUUUCUUGGGGAAAAGGCAGCGAAAUGGAGAACAUCAGAUGGACAGAUGGACGGCUUGACAACCAAUGGUGUGCUGGUGAUGCACCCUCGGCACGGCUUCACCGAGGACUCUAAACCAGGCGUUUGGAGGGAGAUCUCAGUGUGUGGGAAUGUAUUCACACUCCGUGAGACACGGUCUGCCCAGCAGCGGGGCAAAAUGGUGGAGAGUGAGACACAGGAACUGGUGGACGGAUCACUGAUCGACCUUUGUGGCGCCACGCUCCUGUGGCGCACAGCUGAGGGCCUUCAGCGCACACCCACACUCAAGCACCUGGAAGCUCUGCGGCAGGAGCUGAACGCGGCGCGGCCUCAGUGUCCUGUCGGCUUUAACACGCUGGCCUUCCCCAGCAUGCGCCGCAAGGACACAGUGGAUGAGAAGCAGCCCUGGGCCUACCUGCACUGCGGCCAUGUGCACGGCUACCACAGCUGGGGCACGCGGGACUCAAGCGAGCGGGACGGGGGACGUGAGCAGGAUGGGCGCGAGCGGGAGUGCCCCAUGUGCCGGGCCAGGGGGCCGUACGUGCCCCUGUGGCUGGGCUGUGAGGCAGGGUUCUAUCUGGACGCGGCUCCGCCCACCCAUGCCUUUAGCCCCUGUGGCCAUGUGUGCUCAGAGAAAACGGUGGCCUUCUGGAGCCAGAUCCCUCUUCCCCAUGGCACGCAUACGUUCCACGCAGCCUGCCCAUUCUGCGCCCAGCAGCUGAGCGGAGAGCAGGGAUACGUCAGACUCAUCUUCCAGGGACCCGUGGACUAGCCAUGCUGAACCCACUGAACCCAAGCAAACUGAAGGGCCCCCCCACCCUCUCCAUGCUCCUGUCUCUCUUAACCCCUUCUCUCUCUGUCGCUCUCUCUUUUUCUCUCUUACUAGUUCUGUUCACAUUAAGAGAUUGAAAUGGCACAAGUCUGAUUUUAAAAAAAAAUUCCUGCUUAAAUGUGAACAGUGCAAACACAUUUUUGGUGCAAGCUGUAUGUUCACACUGGGAAAUGCAACAGGAUGUAGUGUACUGCUACAGCAGUCUGCCAUACGUAGAGGAAGGAAUGCAUGUCUGGGGACAAUUCCUUAAACUUUUGGUGCUGAAUUGGGCGAAAUGCAUUUGUGUAGCAAGGGUAGUUGUAGUUCUCUCUAAGAGCGCUUUCACACCGGCCUCAUUUGGUUCGGAUCUUUGGACUUUUUGGUUUGGUCCGAACCAAAAUAGCAGGUGUGAAAGGUGCCUCGGACCACGUCCUGACCAAAGGACUAAAACUUGGUCCGACCAAAAGAGCCGGUCUCGGUCUGUAUCAAACUCAGCCAUGGGUCGUUUGCAGCAUGAAAGCACUUUUUUUGGAUGGUUUGUACUUUGGGAACAAUCACUGGAAGUUGAGAAAGGCUAUCGUCACUCAUUAAACAAUAGAAGAAAAAAAAAAUAAUGAGCUGCGCACCACACGAGGAGAGGAGAGCAUGAAAAAAUGUCAUUUUAAUUCGGUCCAGCAAAGAAGUGAAAACUCAACUUGCAAAAAAGGAUAAAGUGUUGAAACGUGUACGUAGACGCUUCUCUACAGGCCAAUCAGUGUUAAGUACAAUGAAAUGCAGCCCUUGUAGCCAUGCUAGCUCACCCCCUGUUUUAGUACCUGUUUUAACAAGCCCUCAUCCGCUUGGGCUUGUCAUUUAUCCUCGGGGGAAUCCCUAGCACCAUCUCAAGGGCUAUUCCUUUACUCCAUUAGCUCAAGGGAAUGGUGUUAGAUGAGCUCUUGGAGAGGCAAGGGAUUAGUUAAACACCUCUGUUGACUUUAGCAGUAGAACUUGCACAGAAAUGAUUGCAUUUUCCUUUUCAAAACCAAACAUAAUGUUGAAUGAUGCUGUUUGUAAGCAAUCAACUGCUUUAAAAUGCUUACCAUUUCAGGACUAUAACAUACAGUUUGAUGGGAUUAUUAAGCGCUACACGGCUAACAAGAACAGAAACAAUGACUGUUCUAAUCCAUUUAUAGCCAGAAAAAAACAAUUACUCUCACACAAAUUUUAUGUACAUUUAGAUAAAACUUCUUAAAAAAUUUUUGCAUUGCAAAGUUUGCAUUGCUUACCAGUUAGCUCACUGAGAUGAGUUCCUGUCCAUUUAAAAAUCCACUUCUCACUGUUACCCAUGACCCUUUCUGCCGCAAGUGGCCAACUAUAUAACAUAGAUGUAGUGCACUUCCAAGUGGUGAGUCGAAGUGAGUGAUGGCAAGUUCAUCUGACGGUGUCCUCUCCUACUUUGAGCUGCACCUUAACUGCACUGGUUUAGUUAUUUCACGCGUUUGUUCCCAUCCUAAUGCAUCUCUUGUCCCCAGAUGUUGUCAUUACCAGCUUACGUUUGGGCCCACAAGACUGCUGUGCUCACGCAACUGUUAAGGAGUGCUGGAGGUCUCCUCAGUUGUGUUUACUUUCUUGACUGAAGUGAGUCGCUUGCAAAUGUGAAUAUGAACCAUCAAACGGCAGAAAGAUCAGAUCCAACCAGAUGUCUGAAUAGUCAUAAAGCGUGCGAUGUGAGCGUAGCUUUCCUUCCUAUAUCUCUCUGUAUCUCUCUCACCCCACCUCUCUUGGACUAUUGAACUGUUUUUUAUUUCCUCUGCUUUGUAAGUGACCUUUUUUUUAAGUGAUUUUUUUUUUUCUUAAUGCAGAAGAAAAACAGAGAAAUAUAUAUUUUCAAUUGAAACAAAAAGUACCUAAAUGAGGCAAAAAAAACACAAAACAAGACGGGGCUAUGAAAAUGAAAUGAAAAAUCUGGGCAGCCACAGGAAACCUGUUUGGGAGUGGACUUGGAGGACUUACAGUGGGGGUACAGUGAUGUAUACAGUGUUUCUUUGCUAAUAUGCUAAUAGAAUACCAUUCUACUUGACUUUAGUGAUGCAAUAACAAUACUUUAUAUAAGAGUGUCUGUAAUGAGCUUACCAUAACAAAAACCUAUUUACAGUCGACAACAGAUCCAUCUCCGUCAUGGCUGCAUUAAACAAACGAAAGGUUACGUUUAGAUUUUAGAGAUGUUUUCCAUGUGAAUCAGAUAUGCCUAACUUAAAAAAUACUUAACGUUUUUAUUUAUGCAUAGUAUCAAUGUUAAUCAAAUGUAAAGUUCUAGCUGUGUGUUUUUUGGAGUUACCUGUCUUUGUUUCUUUAUUUUCUCAUCAUCCCACAUCUAGCCUAGGAAACUCAGAGCUGAUUUCAGCCUGGCUGUGUGUGCUCAGUGCGUGUGUAGCUCACGCACUCGUGCAAGUGUGUGAAGACUUCCGCUACAAAGCAAUAGUGUGAGGGCUUCAAACGAAAGCAGUAACCUGCAGGAACUGAAAGUAUUUAAUUGUACUUUGAGGGUGUUAAAUGGAAGUUGCUGUCGUGGUUGAAAUAAACCAUUGUUUGAUUGUAUGAAAAGGUAGCGUCACCCCGAGGGUUCAAUUCCAUAGUGUAAGUGGUGGUAUUAUACAUUGUGUAUCCCUGGUUAGCUGUCCUUUUGGGUGGAGUGCUCCAGGUGAACCUUCAAGCCAAACAGAUUGUUCUGAGCCAAGUCAUCUGUCUAACCUCCAGUCAUAGAUUUUGCACCAAGUCACUGUGACUCUUAAGCUGGCAGUAUACUUGUACUGAAAAAGACAUUUCGAAGCAAAACCACUUCUGUCUCAAAAGGUGCCCUACACUUUGCGGCCCUCCUACAAGUCCACACUUGUGGACCAAAAGGGCAAAAACACUUCAAAGGUGCUAGAUUUAAAGUGUGAGUUUUGGGACAGAGUCUUGUGAAUGUGUCGUACCCAGUAAGAUUAUCAAUCAUACAUUUUUUUUUUAAUGAGCCGAUUUGCUUUAUACACAGUGGUUCAGUUCUAAUUAUGAGCAUGAUGCAGCUUGUUGACAAGCUAUAUUACAAAACGCAAAAAAAUGCAUUUCUGACAUCUAAAUAUGUUCUCCACUCUGUUGGUCUCACAACUAUGUACAAGCCAAUGCACUGGCCAUUUAUCUUCACCUGUAUCUCAAGGAAUUUCGAGUGUGCAUUGAUGCAGUCCAAGGCCACGCUAACAGCACAUAGAGGGAACUUGUGAGUACCUUUUUUGAAUGCCAGGUAGAGAAACAAGACACCAGCCUUGCAGACAAGCACAGUAGAGCAGUGGUUCUCAAACUGGUCCUCAGGGAAAUCUGCUCUGUCUCUGUGUAUUGUGAGUCAGGUUGGAGCAAAAUCUGGAUCAUCUUGGGGUCCUUGAGAACCACUGCAACAGAGGACCACAGGACCGCAAGUGUGGCACUACAGGGCUUUUUUUUUUACAGAACGCAGUUAGGGGGAGGUCUCAGAGCAAGUAAUGCAACAUACCAACUCCAAGCACAGAGAUGUUUGUUUUGAGCCCUCCCCCUGACUGCGAUUGGUCCCCAUGUCAUGUGGUUGCCUGCAUUGCUGCAAGUAGAAUCUUUUCAUUUCUGGUUCCUUUGUUUUGUUUACAUGUAUUUGUUUUUCUUUCACCGCCGUGUCUUCCGUUUGAUGCCAUGGAUUCGGCUCCGCCCGCAGCCCCCUCAAAACGCUGAAGCUGGCGUAUCCUAGAAAGACACGCACUACAUGUGUUUUUUUUGGUAUAUUUACAAAAGCAUGCUGGUGGUAGUUCGAUUUCAUUUAGCUCUUUCGUCGUUUGAAGUAUACUGCCAUCUUGAGAGUGACAUGGCACCAGUGAUUGAAGUAUAUCACUCUCUAAAAGGGCAAGUGCCAGAGCUUGCUGCCUCUCAUGAAUAUAGCUAGCUAGUUAAAGCCAGACAAGGUUAACCAAAUGCUAAAUGCAGUAAAUGCAAUAAAACACAGCCGGUUAACAAUUAUCAGCACUGGCAACAGCGAAAAUCGUAGAAACCUUUGAAAAACAUCCGUGAAAAAAAUGUGGUUCACCUCACGCUUUUCAGCUUUCAGACAAAAUGCAAUGUGAUCUACCACCACCACCCACCCCCACCCACCCCACCUCCAAGAUGCUGAGGGCAUUGAACCAAAACAGUGUCCUUGGGAAUAUCGACCCUCAUAAUUCUAGCAAGCUCUAGAAGCAUAAAUGCCUCUACAGUGACGCACGCCUCUCUUCCUUUAAGCACAGGCCAAAACCACAUGCCCUGUUGGUCCUUUGAGAUGGUCUGUUUUUUCUGUUUGUCUGCAUGAAUGUACUUGUGUGCCUGUCCUGUCGGAAUGAAAUGAAACUACUCUCCUGACUGAUCGAGUCCUCUGGGACAUGAACAUCUUCCUUCUGGGAUGAACGGAGUCAUUGUCCUCCUCAUUAAAUGAUGCACAUUUCUAGAGGAUCUUUCACUUCACUAUGUAAACAACACACCUCAUAUAAUUCCUCCUUGUUUAUUUGAUUAGGUGGCUUCAGACUGUGGAGGAUUAAAACCCAUUCCUUACAGUGAAGGCAUUUUACCUUCAGACUGGUCUUUAGAUGGAGCCCCAGUUGACUCACCCCUUCCUAAGAGUGUUACAAAGUUCUAAAAUAUGCUUUUAUCACCUCUGUUGAACUUGAAUACCAUCUGUGUUCAUGUAGGUUAACACUUUCAGUAGCGUUAAAGUGCUGUACAAGCGCUGCCAAAGGGGUGUUGGAUCGUUUUCAGUGUAACAUGAAGUGUGUGGAUGAAGGGAUGUGGUGUGUGGGUGUAAUGUCUAAUGUAUGUCCUCCAGAUUUAACGUUUUCUUUACUGUGAUAUUGUGUGUACUUUGUGACUGUAGGUAUUCUGAAGCUGUGUUUUCCAGUCUAGUUCUUGAGGCCCAUCGGAAAGUUUUGCUCUGAUCUUGGUCCAAAGUUUUGCUCUGAACUUUUUCAACCCUCUUCUCUUUCUGCCACAUCUGUAGCUGUGCCAUCAAUUACCACAGACAAUGCUGAUUUUCUUUUACUGAGCUAAAAUUCAGCUCUUUUUUAAUCAGAUUUCUUAGAGUUCUAGGCCUUACUCUGAGCUAAGAAAUCAGUGUGCUGUUUACACAACCAUUUGAAUAAUCAGAUAACUGCAGAAAUCCCAUUAUGAUUAUAGAGUGAACUCAGUGAUGCGAAACAUGUUGAGGCUUUUGUGAUGCCUGUUCCCAAACUGUUUCAAAGUGAUUGCAGUCACUUUUCAGGUUUUGUGUUUCAGCGCUAAAGGGUCGACCCCCAGGGUCAACUAGUGUCCCAAUCUCAAAUCAGAUUUUAUAAUUUAGUUUCAUAUUAACUGGCUGAUUCAAGCAACACCUGGCUGAUUGGCAGUCAAUCAGUGAAACUAAAUUUACUGUCCCACCAAUACGCUUCAUGAAAAGUAGUAAAAAUGGCUGCGUUUAAAAGCAAAAACGCUCAAAUGGUAUUGUUUACCUCAGUAAAAGCCUCUAAGCAUGCUGCAUAUAUUCCCAGUUGUACAAAUACUCUGCAACACCCAAAUCAAUCCUAACACACGGGGCUUAGAGUUCUUCAAAGCAGUGAAUCAUUUUUGGAAGCAGUUGCUCAGAAAGCUUUGCUUCUCCCAUCAAUACCUCAGACUGUCUUAUGACAGCAACAGAUGGACAGGUUGUCUCAGCACCUGUCUAUUGGAUUCUAAUGUUAUGUGUAUUUUAAUCGCUGUCAUUUAUGUACAGGAUUGUCUGUGGUAAUCAGUCAUAUUCUACAGAUUCAGCGGAGCCAGACUAGGUUGACAAAUACUAUAUUAUUCCUUUAAUAGCUUGGUUCAGAUGCACUGGGAGAAGGGCUGGCCCAAGUACUUGGAAUACUCCAGUGUGCAUUCGUUGUGUUAGCUUUGUCAGGAAUCCAUGAGUGUUUUCUAGAAUUCUUUUGGGGCCUAAAAGGUUAACAAAUGACAGUUAGAUUAAGUGACCCUUAUUAGUCCCACAACAGAGAAAUUUGACCUCUGCAUUUAACCCAUCUGUGCAGUGAAACACCACAUGCACACUAGUGAGCACAUGCACACUUUCCCAGAACGGUGGGUAGCCCUAUCUAGAGAGCAAUUGGGGGUUAGGUGUCUUGCUCUGACACCUCAGUCAUGUACCGUCGGCUCUGGGGAUCAAACCGGUGACCUUCCGGUCACAGGGUCGGUUCCCGAACCUCCAGCCCAUGACUGCCCAAACACAUUUCAACACAUUUUAUCAUAGAAAAAACAGGUGAAGAUGGCAGUUAUUUAAUGAAAGACUGAUAUUAGGCUGCAAGCAUUGUCCUAUCCAGGUAACAUUAGCUGAAACUUUUGUUUGGCUAGUUUUGACCUUUGAACGACAUCAGGGUGAAAACGCUGCUUGCUCAGUCAUUGAGCUGAAAGACUGAGAUAAAUCGAGGUAGCAGGCUAGCUAAUUACUCAAGCUUAGCAAGAAACACUAAAAAUAACCCAUAGAGUCAUCAAGCCUGAGCAGAAUUACGUUCGCUUAUCGAAGUUAUUUUACUCGCAAUGGAUUUUGAAGCUCUAAGUUAACAGUCGAAGAUGAACUUGGCUCAAUAAACUAGCUAAACGGACAACAUUGCAAAGUAAAGAUUAUAAAUAGAUUUACGUCUUUAACUGUUUAUCAGUGCUGCUAGUCUGACCCAUCUGACUUAACGUUGUAGCACAUCUGAACAGUCUCUUGGGGCACCUUUCUUACAAAUAUGUGUAAAAAUGUGUGCUACAAAUUGAAGAUUAAAAAUAUCUUAAAUGAAUACACUUGUAAUUAUGAUUAAUUAGGAAAUGUAUAUUGUUUUUAAGGGUUGUAUUGUGAGAGCAUUCAGGAACAGAGAAGUGUGUUUAAGUACUUAAUGACAAUUACCAAGUUUUUUAAACACUUGUUGAUGAAUACGAAUUAGUAGUGAAGUACUUGUUGGCGAACACAACGUAUUUGAGUACUGUUCAGGAAUGUGAACAAGAAUUUGAGUGUUUGAGUACCAAGUAUUUGAGUGCUCAAUGAGGAGCACUAAGUAUUCAAGUACUCCUUCUGGAACACGGAGUAUUCGAGUAUUUGUCGACGCACCAAUGGGUAUUUAAGUACUUGUUGGCACACCAAUGAGCAUCGGACUAUUUGUUGACAAAUACAUUAUUUCAGUACUUGUUAGCAAACACCAAGUAUUCAAGUAGACUUGUUGACAGGCAUUGAGCAUUUGUUGACAAAUACAGAGUAUACAAGUAUUUGUUGAUAAAGUAUCUGCGUAUUUGUUGACACAGUAUUUGAGUACUUGUCAAACACAGACUGAGUACUUGUUGACAAAUACUAGCAAGUAUUAAAAUACUAGUUGACAAACACCACUGGGUAUUCAAGUACUUGAAAUGUACUUAAAAUGCUAUUAGAUGAGAAUUGGGAUAGAGCAAAACAAGUGGUGGACCUCAAGAACAGGGCUGUGAAAUAUGGUUCUAGACUACUUCACCGUUCUACAGAUGUAUUUGUCUGUCUGUGAAAACCAGCCAGUGUCCUGCUGUCCUGUUGGACUCCGAACUGCUUCGGUGCCGCUUUCUACCGAAUCCUUCAGCUCAGGGAGAACUCCCCAUUUUUCCUGGCCGGCAGGGCUAAAGCCUUCACUAAUGAAGCUAAGCUAACAUCUUAGCCGCACAUGCUAAGCUAAGCACUCUUCCUGAAGCCCUUUACCACCUAUUCAGCAUUUCCAAGCAAUGAGCGCCACAGCCAAGGAUACCUCACUGACAAAAAACCCUCAUCACCUCCAUCACUCCUUCCUCUCUCAUUCUCUGGAGCUCCAUUCCAUUGAGUGGAGGGGAACACAUGCAACGUUAUCCUUCGUUUCUCUCUCUGUAGUGGAGAAACUUGUGUCAAGGGCUUUUCCCCAGUCACCUGGUUUUGUUUGUUUGUUUGUUUGUUUUUGUGUGCAUGGUCCCUGUCCUUUACGGCAUUGCUUUAGUUCUGCCUGUCUCUGGAGAAUCCUCCAUGCUUUUACAGUGAAAAGCUGCGAAUGUUUCUGAUCUGAUGGGUUUUUGUAACAACUUUAAACAAUAAAGUUAAAAAACGAAGA